CCGGGUAAGAAUUGUGGCUAGCAAAUCCCUCAUUGCAAUGCCAAAGUGGGCAUCGGGUGAAGACUUCUGCCGAGAUCCGUUUAUCUGAUCGGUCUAAGAUAACUUUUUCCUCAAAAAUUCGAAAGCCGCAGGGCGGCCAGUCCAUCCGCCGAGGAAAACCAAAUUCAUUGCCCGCCUUCGAUUUUCGCAGUUCCGCUUCAUCGCUCCGUUGGACUUGCUUUUUUCAUCUUUAUUUUUUCCUCUUGCUGCUCUUAUUCUUGUAAGCCAUGUCGUCCACGGCAUCAGCUCCUCCGGCUGAUCCCACAAAAGGCAUGCGUAAAAAUGGGAAAAACUGGCAUGAUACCAAAAAACCGUUUCGCCCUACCGCUGGCUUGACCUCGUAUGCAAAGAGACUAGAGGCCCGCAAGCACCAGGAGACCGUUAAAGAGCUCGAAAGAGAACUCAAGGAGGAGAAAGAGGCCGAACGGAAGGCGCAUAUUCAAAGGAUCAAGGACCGCAGGGCCGCGAAAGAGGAGAGGGAACGCUACGAGAAGAUGGCAGAAAAGAUGCACCGCAAACGUGUCGAGCGAUUGAAACGCAAGGAAAAGCGCAACAAAUUGCUGAACUCGUAAUCGUUAUUUAUGGUAUUCUCCAUCACUUCAUCGUGUUUGUUACUAUUCGUUCGGCGUGUACGGUGGCUAUUGCUCUCUCAUCAUUUUUUCUUCUCCCCAGUCGUUUUCUUUGUCACAUCUUCCCCAAUUUGAGGAAAUACAUAUCUAAAUAAUGCUCAUGAUUAAGAAAGUCAAUGGUUGAAUGGCGAGGAUAGGAGUUGGGUUAUGAUAUAUGUACAUACAUAUGAUAUGUAUGUAUGUAUGUAUGUGUGUACUUUACCGAGCGAAUUAGGAUUUCCUGCGUUUGCUCGAUUUUCGUUUCUGCUAAAUCAAUGUGCACAAAUAGAUAGGACUGGUGCUUUUUUGGGAAAAAAAAAGGAAAGACUCUCGCUGUUAUUGCUUGUGUGUAUCUAUUGAUAUCGUACCUAUACCAGUCAGACCCGUUGAUCAUUUCCUAGAACCCGCAGCAAAUACCAGCUGAAGGCAAGUGCGUCGACCAGCCUUGGCGUCGUGUUCCAAAAACAAAAUAUUGCUUAGAU